AAUCAAACACAAGCGUGCGACCAGAGCUUCGUUACAGCUCCCCCACUCGACCAUCCCCUCGACGAAUCAGCCUCCACCGUCGACACGAUGUCCUUCUACUUCGCGAUAAUAGGAACCAAAGACAACCCCAUUUACGAGUGCGAGUUCGGGACCUCAAAGCAGGGCGGUGAUGGAAACGCGAGGUUCCCCGACGAGCAACGCGCUAUGAAUCAGUUUGUCCUCCACUCUGCCCUCGAUAUCGUCGAGGAGAUACAAUGGGUACAACGCGAUCUAUACCUUAAGACCGUCGACCGCUUCAACAACCUACUGGUAUCAUGUUUCCUCACAGCCGGCAAUAUCAAGCUGCUUCUACUCCACGACACGAAAGUCGAGGAACCCAUACGGCAGUUCUUCGCGGACGUGCACGAGGCGUACAUCAAGACGCUCAUGAACCCAUUCUACGACAUCGACAUGCGGAUCACGAGCGUUAUCUUCGACGCGAGAGUUAGGGCGGCUGCAAAAAAGUACCUAUAAAGAGUUCUCGGUCCUACAUACCUAUAUGGAAUUUUCUACGGCGUUUUCGGGUCCCCUUUCUUUGUCUUGCUCUUAUUCUAGACCUGUAAUAUAUCCACACACCCUUCAGAUGGUAAUCGAAAAGAGAUUGUGCUAGUAAAGUCAUAUGUGGCUAGUUAAACGUGUUUACAUCGACAUUUUGGAUCACACGCACUAUUCUGUAGGCAGGCGAAGAGCGACCCAGCGAG